AUGUCCGCUCGACGCGCUCCAGCGCGCUCUCGCCGCGUCGAUGAUGCUCUAUCCCAACUCGUCGAUUCGCUUCUUCCACCCAUAACUCUGGACGAUGACGAGUACUACUCUGCCGACGAAGAAGACGCGCUCGCUGCAGCCGAGGAACACCGCCAUCGAGACCGGCUCGAUCGUGCAUGGCGCACACUGGAAACAACGAGGGCAGCAACAGAUAACGACGACGACGACGCCGCGGCGGAGAAUAUCAACAAUGCCUCUGAUUUAAUCAAACGGAAAUUGCUCAGGGAUAAUGCUAGUCCGGAUAAGGCUGUUCGGUUUUCAAAUCUUUAUUCGCGAUUGUUGACGCAGCCGGUUCUGGGUCAGAAGUGGGCGAUUCUUUACUUGUUGUUUAAGUUGUCUGGUGACGAGACAGAGGAGGGUGGUGGUAUACAAGAUGGAAGGGGAGGCGGCGGUGGUGUUCGAAGUAGAAGCCCGCUGAUGAACGAGGGGAAUCUGGAUAAUAUGUUGCUCAAGGAAUCAGCGAAAGAUAUACGGUCUGGCAUGAGGAUGGCCGAGGACGACGACGGCCCUGCCAUCGGUUCAUCUGUUUCACAGCGUGGAGAGCGAGCUGAGAGGAGGCCCUCCCUAAGGACUACAGUGCAGAAACAGCGGGUUCGGCCAGCAGUUGAAGAAGAGAGAAACACUCCUCCAAGCCGACCGCGGACGACGAGCAUAGCAAGGGAAACAACAGCUUCUCCACAGAUGGGCGAGACAGAGUUGACCGAACCAACGCUACUACGCGAUCUUCCUUAUAUCCUCCAAGGACUGUCCUCAGCAAAUGUGGAAUUCUCGUCCACUACCACUCUGAAAUUACCGACAAACCUUUCAAUCCCAAUGACAUCGCUGCUGCACACACUGGCCGAACCGUGUUUGCUUUACAAGGGGCUGUCUACCUUUGUCGAUGGUUCAGAAGGCGGACUUGUUAGUCAGGCUCUCAGGGCUGCAAUUGGAAACGAACUGCGAUCUUAUCUGAGCCUGGUUGCCACGUUGGAGGGCGAAAUUCGAAGGGCAUUGACUGCGGCAGCUGACGAAACAGACCCCAAAGGCGCCGUCAAAGGUGCUGUCACCCUGAAGCGCUGUGUGAUAUGGACUCGAGAAGCGACCAUGGCACUGCGACUGAUGAGCAGUAUGGUUGAGCAGUCAAAAGAUAAAAAGGGCGGCCAGCUAAUCUCCUUGGUGCAUGGCUUUUCGUCGUCCCAUGGCGACCCCUUUGUCGGCAAUUUUGCAGAAAAGUUAUUGUCACACGUCACCCGGCCCUUUUACGAUAUGCUUCGACAGUGGAUCUAUGACGGAGAGCUGUCUGACCCGUACAUGGAGUUUUUCGUUAUCGAACCGGAGUUCAGGCCGAGCACAGAUCCUCGCCGUUUAGCAUCGAGCGUGUGGGAGGACAAGUACAAGCUGGACGAAGGGAUGGUCCCUAGCAUCAUCACUGAGGACUUUGCGAAAAAGGUUUUCCUCAUUGGCAAAUCCCUGAAUUUCAUCCGCUAUGGCUGCGGUGAUUCCGUGUGGGUCGAAGCCUAUUCCAAGGAAGCAUCCAAAGAACUUCGUUAUGGGGAUACUGCGAGACUGGAGAUAUCCAUCGACGAAGCCUACAAGACGACGAUGGCGCGUUUGAUCCAUCUGAUGGAUACCAAGUUCAAACUUUUUGACCAUUUGCGAGCCCUGAAAAAGUACCUCCUUCUCGGACAAGGGGAUUUUAUUGCGCUGCUGAUGGAGUCUCUUGCGUCGAAUCUCGACCGCCCCGCCAACUCGCAGUAUCGGCAUACUCUCACGGCUCAAUUGGAACACGCGAUCCGGUCAUCGAAUGCGCAGUUUGAUUCCCCGGAUGUGCUUCGUCGGCUGGAUGCACGAAUGCUAGAGCUCAGCCACGGGGAGAUUGGUUGGGACUGUUUUACGCUGGAAUACAAAAUCGACGCCCCCGUGGAUGUGGUUAUUACUCCCUGGGGCUCGACUCAGUAUCUAAAAGUGUUCAACUUUCUAUGGCGCGUGAAACGUGUUGAAUUCGCCUUGGGAAGUUCGUGGCGCAGAUGCAUGACUGGAGCGAGAGGGGUCCUUGCUAGUGUGGAAGACAAAGUCGGUCCGGACUGGAAGCGAGCAAGAUGCGUCAUGGCCGAGAUGAUACACUUUGUCUGUCAGUUACAGUACUAUAUCUUGUUUGAGGUGAUAGAGGCCAGUUGGGACCAGUUGCAGGCGGCAGUUUCGAAGCCUGAGUGCACCCUGGACGACUUGAUUGACGCUCAUACUAAAUAUCUCAACUCAAUCACUCACAAAGGACUCCUCGGAACGGCUUCUGCUACUUCUUCCUCUUCUUCUACCUCGCGCAGCUCGGCGUCGGGGAAACCACCAGAGGAAAGCUUUCUCAGCCAGCUUCAUCACAUUCUCAAGAUCAUGCUUUCUUACAAGGAUGCUAUUGACGGGUUGUACUCUUUCUCAGUCGCCGAAUUCACACGCCGUCAGGAAAUGAGCGCGAAAAUCGAAACCCGGACCGCCCAGGGGCUUUGGGGGGUUACUGAGCGUGAUUUCCCUCCUCCUUCUUCUCGCCACUCUAAACCUGGUGGUGGUGAUGCAGAGCCGUCGGUAGACGAUCAUAUGCUCCCCUCGCUACGAAGCCGACUCAGUGAUCUUGCAGUGGAUUUCAAGGCCCGGCUCAACGUCCUUCUCGGCGAUCUCGCGUACCAGCCCGAUGUGGAUAUGCGAUUCCUCGGCGUCAAUAUGAAUUUCAACGAUGUGUACGAGCCGGUCCGACGCCGCCGGACUACUACCACGACGGGGUCGUCGUCCAAGGAUCGAGAACGCAUGCGGCGAAAAGCCGGGGCUAGUAGCAGCGCAGAAAAGAAUGCGAGUGUGCAGAACGACAAGGAAGUACCGGAGGGAGCUGCUGCUGAGAGCUAG